CCCGAUUCUCCUCGCUCUGCCUUCUCCGCUUACGCAUCCUCCUGCUUCAAGGCGUGCCUAUGGACCGUCUUCCUUCGCAUUACAAUGAGAAAAUAUCUGUGGAGCCCGACUUAGGAGAUCAACGACAAUCCACUUUCAAAACACUGCCUUCGCCGCCUACGGCACCGAAGAGAGCUAUGCACAAGUAUCGGGUUUCGGCGAUUUGUCCACUUGCGCUGGCUGUGGUGAGCUUCGUAUUUAGUAUCCUGAUUGUGCUGGCAGGAAGGAACCCCGGUUAUCUGGAGGAAGAAUACAUGUUUGCCCUCAAUGUAUCGCGUGUCGGCCAAGAUAUCAUACGCUUCGAAGCAGCCACCGCGACAUCUUCCACUACCCCUUCUGCUACCACCUCUUCCUCUUCGAACCCGCUGGAUCCGCUCAACCCCUUUUCAACAUCCAGCCCACUCAAUCCGAAUAACCCGGAUAACCCACUCAGCCCGCUCCUGGGGAAUCUGACCGACACCGUGGACGACGGUCUUCAGACUGCCGUCAACGACGUCAUCGAAGCCAUCGUGGACCAGGCCGGCGUGAGAGACUUCUACUAUCUAUACCUCAACCGGGUGUGCGAAGGCGAUAUAGCAGAAGGCUCGGGCGGGAACGAGGAUGGUAUCGCGGUGGAUACAUGCCCGAGCUACGCAGAUGCUUCAAAAAACGUUUCUCGCGCUACCAUCCCAUCUUCCAUCGUAAUCGGCACCACUAACAUCUCCGUCCCCUUGAUCGCCGAGCUCUCCCACUCCCUCGACGCCCUCAACUCCAGCCUCGGCAGCUUGCGCCGCACUAUCCUCGCCUUCUUGAUCAUCAGCCUGAUUGGCGCCGGCAUCUCCUUCCUCCUCACACUUCCCUCAAUCUUCUUCCCGCGCUCCCACCUCCUCGUAUACGCCAACCUCUUCUUCACCUCGCUCGCCUCUACUUUCGCCCUCCUGGCCGCCCUGCUCCUCACAGCGCUCAUCGUGGCGAUCGCGCAGAUGCUCGGUGGGAUCGGUCAAGCGGUGAAUCUGUACGUGAAAAAGGGGGAGAGGGUGCUGGCUUUUGCGUGGGUAGCUUGGGUGUGUGUAGCGCUGGAGAGUGCGUAUUGGGCUGCGGUGUGGUUUGUCGAGAUCAGGAGAUGGAGUUUUGUGAGGAGAAGGCGGACGGAGGGUGAGAUAGGGAGUUGGAGGGGUGUAUGCGGCGAGGUGCGGAGGGAUUUGAAGGGGGAGAAGAAUAUGUAA